AUGAAUGAUUAUGUAUCUCAAUUGGAAUUAUUACCAAAUGAAAUUUUAAUUGAAUUAUUUCGAUAUUUCAAUGGUCAAGAUCUUUUUCAAGCAUUUUAUAAUCUUAAUAUUCGUCUCAAUCAAUUAAUUCAAUCUUUUAAUAAUCUAAAACUUGUUUUUUAUUUGAAGAGAUCGAAUAAGAAUCUUAUCAAUGAUAAUCAUAUAUUUCCUUUAUGUGUUUAUACUCUUAUUGUUGAUUCUAAUGUGGAUGUUAAUCUUAAUCAAUUUCCAAAUGUUCACCGUCUUAAAUUCGAAUGGUUUUCAGCAAAAGAACUUGUACAACUUUGUACGAACGUCCUUCCUUAUUUAGAAGAACUCAAUUUAGUAUAUAUAGAAACAUUAUCAACAAAUAAUGCAUCAUUAUCUUUACCGAUACUUCGUAUUUUAAAAGUUCGAUUUAUUAAUUUAUCGAUGUAUCAAACAAUUCUAUCUGGUUGUCCUAAUUUAUAUUAUUUUAAAUUAUGUAUAUUUACUUCCGAAGAAUGUUUAUUAAAUAUUCCAAAACAUAAUAAUCUUAAAAGAUUAAUAAUCAAAGUUGGCGAUGUUAUUUGGCCUUGGAAUGAUCAUUUAUUUAAUUGUUAUUUAUCGUGUGUACCUAAUCUUGAACAUUUUAAUGUUCAUCGUUUAUUAUAUAUUUCAAGAAUAAGAGAUUCUUUUCUAAAUUAUGAUUGGCUUAUAUCAAUUAUAUCUAUUCAUUUACUAAAGCUUCAUCGUUUUUAUUUUUAUCUACGUACUUCCCAACCAAAAAAUAUAAAUAAACUUAAUACAGAAAAAAUUAUUAAUCAAUUAAAAGAAACUUUUCUGCAAGUACACAAUGGUCAAUGUCAAUCGCAAUUAAUUAUAGAAUGUUCAUUUUUAUGGUAA